UUAAUAAAGCCGCGUACGGCGUAUCCGGCAAAUCGGCCCAGCUCAACCUACGGAGGAGAUCUCUCUCUCUCUCUCUCAGCGUAUCGCAACAACGCUGGUGGAGAUUUCGGGGUUGUCGACGGAGCUGGAAUCUAGCUUUUUCUUCUCCAGAUCUCUUACCGAUUCUCACCGGUUGGUAUUAUAAAGCCAUGGUUCUUGAUGGGCUUGUAUCUUCACCAUUAAGGAGACAACAGUGUCUAAAGAAGCAAUGGGAUGAGUUGGGUAGCUGGUCGACUCUUAUUCAGAGGCAUCAAUAUCUUUUAACAGCAUUGGCUCUUUUGGCAUUCCUCUGUACUGUUUAUCUUUACUUUGCGGUUACUUUAGGCGCCAGCCACUCGUCUUGCUAUGGCUUGACCGGGAAAGACAAGGCAAUGUGUCAAUUACAACAUGUUCAAGCGAUCUCCAAAGGGAAACUUAAAUUCUUCUAGAGUGUUAUCGGUGAAAGCUGAAACCCCAUUUAUUGUUCUUGUAUUAAAACAUUCUUUUUCUUCUUGAUUCUAUAAUGCAAUUUGUGUGUACUUACUACAUGGUGAAAAAACCCAGAGAUUCAUAAUCGAAACAUAUAACCUUUAUUUCAUCAGAUGAGAGUAUACAUGUGCAGUGUUUUGAGUCGGAUCAUCACCGUCGGUUGUAUGUCAAACCCCUUUAGGUGCUCUUAUAAUAUAGCUCAUGCAUUUAU